CGUUUCCGGUUGGCUUGUUGCCGUGGUAACGAGCACACACAACCACGGCAGCGGUUAUGGCAGGGCUGGGCGGUGCGCAGAUCGCCGACGGGGAGUUCACCGCGGUAGUGUACCGGCUCAUCCGGGAUGCCCGCUACGCCGAGGCCGUGCAGCUGCUGGGCGGAGAGCUCCAGCGGAGCCCGAGGAGCCGCGCAGGCCUGUCGCUGCUGGGCUACUGUUACUACCGCCUGCAGGAGUUCGCGCUGGCCGCCGAGUGCUAUGAGCAGCUGGGUCAGCUGCACCCGGAGCUGGAGCAGUACCGCCUGUACCAGGCCCAGGCCCUGUACAAGGCCUGCCUUUACCCAGACGCCACCCGCGUCGCCUUCCUCCUCCUGGACAACCCCGCCUACCACCACGGGGUCCUCCGUCUCCAAGCCGCGAUCAAGUACAGCGAGGGCGAUCUGCCCGGGACCAGGAGCCUGGUGGAGCAGCUACUGAGUGGGGAAGGAGAAGACAGCGGGGGCGAGAACGAGCUCGAUGGCCAGGUCAACCUGGGCUGUUUGCUCUACAAGGAGGGACAUUAUGAAGCCGCGUGUUCCAAGUUCUCUGCUGCCUUGCAGGCUUCGGGCUACCGGCCUGACCUUUCCUACAACCUGGCUUUGGCCUAUUACAGCAGCCGGCACUAUGCCCCGGCGCUGAAGCAUAUCGCCGACAUUAUUGAGCGUGGCAUCCGCCAGCACCCAGAGCUGGGUGUGGGCAUGACCACUGAGGGCAUUGAUGUUCGAAGUGUUGGCAACACCUUAGUCCUUCACCAGACCGCUCUGGUGGAAGCCUUCAACCUCAAGGCCGCCAUAGAAUACCAACUGAGAAACUAUGAGGCGGCCCAGGAAGCCCUCACGGAUAUGCCUCCGAGGGCAGAGGAAGAGUUAGACCCUGUGACCCUGCACAACCAGGCGCUAAUGAACAUGGAUGCCAGGCCUACAGAAGGGUUUGAGAAGCUACAGUUUUUGCUCCAACAGAAUCCCUUUCCCCCAGAGACCUUUGGCAACCUGUUGCUGCUCUACUGUAAAUAUGAGUAUUUUGACCUGGCAGCAGAUGUCCUGGCAGAGAAUGCCCAUUUGACUUACAAGUUCCUCACACCCUACCUCUAUGACUUCUUGGAUGCCACGAUCACUUGCCAGACAGCUCCUGAAGAGGCUUUCAUUAAGCUUGAUGGGCUAGCAGGGAAGCUGACUGAACAGCUCCGGAAACUCACCAUACAAGUGCAGGAAGCAAGACACAACAGAGAUGAUGAAGCUGUCAAAAAGGUAGUGAAUGAAUAUGAUGACACCCUUGAGAAGUAUAUUCCCGUGCUAAUGGCCCAGGCCAAAAUCUACUGGAACCUUGAAAAUUAUCCAGUGGUGGAAAAGAUCUUCCGCAAAUCUGUGGAAUUCUGUAAUGAUCAUGAUGUGUGGAAGCUGAAUGUGGCUCAUGUUCUGUUCAUGCAGGAAAACAAAUACACAGAAGCCAUAGGUUUUUAUGAGCCCAUAGUCAAGAAGCAUUAUGACAACAUCCUGAAUGUCAGUGCUAUUGUGCUGGCUAACCUGUGUGUUUCAUAUAUUAUGACAAGUCAAAACGAAGAAGCCGAGGAGUUGAUGAGGAAGAUUGAAAAGGAGGAAGAGCAGCUCUCCUAUGAGGACCCAGAUAAGAAAAUCUACCAUCUCUGCAUUGUGAAUUUGGUGAUAGGGACGCUCUAUUGUGCCAAAGGAAAUUAUGACUUUGGUAUUUCUCGGGUUAUCAAAAGCUUGGAGCCUUAUAAUAAAAAACUGGGAACUGAUACCUGGUAUUAUGCUAAAAGAUGCUUCCUGUCAUUACUAGAAAACAUGUCAAAACACACCAUCAUGCUUCGUGACAGUGUUAUUCAAGAAUGUGUUGAGUUUCUAGAACACUGUGAACUUUAUGGCAGGAACAUACCUGCUAUUAUUGAACAACCCCUGGAAGAAGAAAGAAUGCAUAUUGGAAAGAAUACAGUCACUUAUGAAUCCAGACAAUUAAAAGCUUUGAUUUAUGAGAUUAUAGGAUGGAAUAUGUAGUAAUGUCUGACAGUGGCCUUAUCAUAAUGGCUUUACAUCUGUUUUUCACUCUUUUAUCUGUAGUUAGCUAUUGGCCUCUUUAGAUUUAUUACAUGUUGAACUUUGUACACUUUAAAAUUAUAAAAAUAACUAAUAUUUUGUUUUUAAAAUCUUCACAAAGUGAAAUAUAAGAACUUUGACACCUAGAAAGACAUGAAAAAUUCAAAACUGCAUGGGGACACUAUUUCUAUUAGAAAUUGUUAGCACCUAUGUUCCAUCUCCUUUGUUAUCAUUUGUACUUUUUGCAUUUUGAAAGUCCCCUGCACAAGGAUUAUGUUAUCCAGGGACUUGGCACUAUCAGGCCCAGAACUCAGUAGUUAAGGUAUAGGAUUUCUAGGCUUUUAAUAAGAACCUCAGGGAUUGUGUGUCCUAUUCUCACAGCCUACCCUCAUUAUUAUAUUAAUUUUAAUGCAUACAUAUUAGAUAGCAUUUAGGGUGUUUUGUCAGGGUUUUUCAAUAUAAAUGUAAUGCUUUAUGUAAUCAAAAUACGUUAUAAAUGUUUGGUGGUUUUUUUUUUUUCCAAACAUUCAAGAGUCACUGGGAGAUCUUAUACCCUUAACAAAAUUAUGGUGCUGUGGUUUAGAGACAAUAAACAAUUGUCAAAG